GGGGGGGCUUUGAAGAGGAAGAGGGCGUUUCAUCCCAUACGCUUGUUUUGAUGUGGAUGUGGCUGCAGUGAGCUGAAGGGCGGUUGCUAUGAUACGAGGGACACAGCUGCUGAUCUACCUGAAGUAACAAUUAUUCAGAUCAGCCACAAACAAAAACAAAUAAAAACAAACACACAGGUGUGUCACUUUCUCUGCGCAUAUUUAAUGAGCUGGAGAAAAAAAACAGACGAGACAGUUUUCUGCCUCCCGUGACCUUUCAUAACCCCGUGACCUUCUGUCUGCAGCCAAUCAGAGAGCCUCUCUGGGAUUAGAGCCGGACGUGGCAUCUAUCUCACCUGAGAGGAAUGGACUUUGACGAAAGAUAUGAAUCAUAAUCCAAACAUGUCCGUCUUUAUAACUGACAUCACACUAAAGAGGAAGCUCACUUCCUCUUCUUCAAGAGGACUCAACCCACGAAACACUUUAUUUAUUUUCAGGUGGAAAACUAUUUGUAUGUGUAUUUAAUUGUGUUGUUGAUGGAUUUGGGUCAAAAUAUUCACAUUUUAAUAUAUUUACACAUAUUCCCCCUCCAUAUAAAACCUGUACAUCUCUUAUGCUGACAGCACACACACAGCCGGCGCUAUUAUUAUUACAAAUAUAUAUUUAUAAAUAUAUCCCAAAUGUAAGUUUAAACUGUAUUUUGUCCACAACGAUAGUUGGUCCACGAUUGAAUUCCGUAUUACACUUUAAUAUAAUAAAUAAACUUUAAUAUAAUACCCGUGCACGAGAGAACAUUUCUAUGCCCUCUCUUCCCAGCUGAAGACACGCCCACAUGGCGGCGCGGCGUGUUUUGGUUUUACUGGAGGACUUCAGAUUCCAGGCAUAGCAGCAGUUAUAUGAAUCAUAAUAGAGAGGGGGGGGAGAGGGGGAGUGUGCCAAGCAGCAUCAGUCACACACACACACACACACCCUGUCCGGGAGAAUGUCACAAGUGGAGAACACAUUUCCGAUUGGUUGGCGUGUUCUUAGCUCCUCCCCCUUUGCCAGGAGCUUCUGUCUCACCUCUUUGUUUUUCCCUCUCCACGUGUUUUCACUCUCCUUUCCCCUCCUUUGAUGAUUUAUUUCUCUCCUUCGACCCACCUCCCGCCCUCUCUCCCGUUUCUCGUUCUCGAGAUGCGUUGAACUGCACCUCCUUCGUCCAGUCGCCCAUCUGUCCGACCAAUCGGUGACUUGCCCCAUCAAUCACAGGCGAGCGUCUCAGGUGCGCCGCCAUGUGCGCCCUUUGCCCUCCGGCCUCCCUGGAGAGAAGCCUGAGGGUCAGCUGGGUCAGCAGAGAUGGAUCACUCUGACCCAGCUGACCGGUGAGCGACCUGUCAAUCACCUGUAGCCCCGCCCCUAAAGUGUCCCCUGCUUUAUGGUCUGUGUGACUCUGAAUGACCAUAAAGUAUAAAUGAUGACAUCAUGCUGUAUAGAAGAAGACUUGAAACUCGAGACUGAGACAUAAACUCAUGUUUACAAUGUUUACUGAGGGAAUACAUCGGGAGAAGUAGUCACUAAUCACUAUAUAGACUUCUAUACAACCAGAGGAGCCCCCUGGUGGUCAGGAGGGAGAAUGCAGCUUUAAAACAUGAUGCAUAGACAUCUAUACAACCAGAGGAGCCCCCUGGUGGUCAGGAGAGCGAAUGCAGCUUUAACACAUGAAGCAUAUACUUCUAUACAACCAGAGGAGCCCCCUGGUGGUCAGGAGAGCGAAUGCAGCUUUAACACAUGAAGCAUAGACUUCUAUACAACCAGAUGAGUCAUACCCUGGUGGUCAGGAGAGAGAAUGCAGCUUUAAAACAUGACGCAUAGACUUCUAUACAACCAGAGGAGUCGCCCCCUGGUGGUCAGGAGAGAGAAUGCAGCUUUAAAACAUGAUGCAUAGACUUCUAUACAACCAGAGGAGCCCCCUGGUGGUCAGGAGAGAGAAUGCAGCUUUAAAACAUGACGCAUAGACUUCUAUACAACCAGAGGAGUCGCCCCCUGAUGGUCAGGAGAGAGAAUGCAGCUUUAAAACAUGAUGCAUAGACAUCUAUACAACCAGAGGAGUCGCCCCCUGGUGGUCAGGAGAGAGAAUGCAGCUUUAACACAUGAAGCAAAGACUUCUAUACAACCAGGAGUCGCCCCCUGGUGGUCAGGAGAGAGAAUGCAGCUUUAACACAUGAAGCAUAGACUUCUAUACAACCAGACCAGCUCACUCGGCUUGUAUUAAAUGACAGUGGAGUCCACGUUGAGACCCGGGUUCAGCCUGGUUCUAUGUCGGGGGGUCAUCGAUGGAACUUUGACCCUCCCUAACGACGGCCCUUAUCGGCUGCUUGCGUCCCGUUUCUGGCCCCCGCCGACAUGAAAGGGGACACUGAUCUCCUCGGGAGCAAAGAGACACCGGGGGGGGCGGAGUUACACAAAUUUAAAAGACAUGUUGAUCCCUUAAAUAUAAAAAAAAUAUAUAGAAAACAGCUUUUUAGAGAACAACAGAAGCUCAAAGUUAUGUAAAGACAAUGGAUGUUUUUGUCCCCAUAAACCACCAUCGGCUCAUGACUUUCUGUUUCCUUCUUCCUUUCCUCCCUCCUUGUCCUCUGACCCCCUCCUCCAAGUUGUUAUCCCUCAAUCCCCUCCUUUCCUUUCCUCUCACCUCUCCUCUCUUCCCCUCCGUCCCUCCCCUCCAGAAUGUAUAAAUAUCUGUGGGGUGUUUGGGAGAGCUCAGUUUUAAAAGACCUGUCCACUGAGGAGGAGGAGAAGAAGAAAAAGAAGAAGAGAUACCUGAAAAAAGACAAAUUUACAAAAUCAUCACCAGAAAAUUGGGAAUUAGUAAAUGGUGGAAGGAGAGUUCGAGUUCAAUAUUUAGUAGAAGAAGAGGAAGAGGAGUGGACCCGUGACCUUCUGAUCCGCUCGCGGUCCCCACGAUGCUGCUCCUGCUCUCGCUGUGUGUGUGUGUACUCUUGCUGGGGGGUGGCGCUGAGGACCGAGCCACUCUGUGGAGGGCCAACGACCGGACCGGGCGGUGCCAGUACACCUUCACCGUGCCCGGCCCCGCCGAGGCCAGCUGCCCGCAGACGGGUGGGGGCCCCGAGGUGGAGGGCCUGAAUGCCAGACUCAGCCUGCUGGAGGUGCUGGUGGCCCGGCUGAGCGGAGGGGGGGACGCCGCCGCCGGGGGUCCGGCCCGGUCGGGGCUCCAGGAGGCCCUGGACCGGACCACGGGGGAGAGGAACCUGCUGCGGGGGGAGAAGGAGCGUCUGGAGCAGGAGCUGGAGGGGCUGCAGCGCCGGGUGGAGGAGAUGAGGAGGGAGGCGGAGCUCCUGAGGAGCAGACCGUGUCCUCCUCAGACCCCCGCGGUGCCGCCGGGCCCCCCACUGCCGGACAGACCCGCCGGGGGCUCCAGUCCCAGGUCCCAUCUGGUGACCCGGCCCAACCGGCAGGGCGACAGCAGCAGCCUGAGAGACUCGGCGUGGCAGCUCGGUGGUUCUCCGGGUUUCCAGGAGCUGAAGGCCGAGGUGACGGAGGUUCCGGCUCCCGAGGACAACACAGGUUGUGGGGAGCUGGUUGCCGUCGGUGAGCCGGUGACUCACAGGAAGGCGGACAGCAUCGCAGGUAAAUACGGCGUCUGGAUGCAGGACCCCGAGGCCGUGGCCCCCUACGGGCCGGCGAUGGUAUGGCGCGUCGACACCAUCGGCUCCGACGUCCGGCAGCUGUUCGGCUACGACGACAUGGAGCAGCUCGCCAAAGGCUUCCCGUCCAAGGUGCUGAUAUUGCCCGAGCCGGUGGAGAGCACCGGCGCCACGAUGUACCGGGGCUCCCUCUACUACCAGCGGCGCCGCAGCCGCUCCCUGAUCCGCUACGACCUGGCGACGGAGAGCACGGCGGCCCGCCGCGACCUCCCGCACGCCGGCUUCCACGGCCAGUUCCCGUACUCGUGGGGCGGCUACACGGACAUCGACCUGUCGGCGGACGAGCGCGGCCUGUGGGCCGUCUACUCCACCAACAAGGCCAAGGGCGCCAUCGUGAUCUCGCAGCUGGACCCGCACAGCCUGCAGGUGAAGAGGAGCUGGGAGACCGGCGUGAGGAAGAACUCCGUGGCCAACACCUUCAUGGUGUGCGGCCGGCUGUACGCCGUGGCGAGCUACACGGCGCCGGACACCGCGGUCAACUACGUGUACGACACCGGGACCGGCCGGGGGAAGUCCAUCGCCCUGCCCUUCAGGAACAAGUACCGCUACAACAGCAUGGUCGACUACAACCUGGCGCAGAGGAGGCUGUUCGCCUGGGACAACUUCCACAUGGUGACCUACGACCUGCGGCUCGGCCGCCAGCAGGCCCAGUGAGGCCGCCGCGGUCGCCUAGAGGCCGCCGCGGUCGACUAGAGGCCGCCGCGGUCGACUAGAGGCCGCCAUUGGUCGACUAGAAGCCGCCAUUGGUCGACUAGAGGCCGCCAUUGGUCGACUAGAGGCCGCCACGGUCGACUAGAGGCCGCCAUUGGUUGACUAGAGGGCGCCGUGGUCGACUAGAAGACGCCAUUGGUUGACUAGAAGCCGCCAUUGGUCGACUAGAGGCCGCCACGGCCAACUAGAAGCCGCCAUUGGUUGACUAGAGGCCGCCGUGGUCGACUAGAAGCCGCCACGGUUGACUAGAGGCCGCCACGGCCGACUAGAGGCCGCCAUUAGUCGAUUAGAGGCCGCCAUUGGUCGACUAGAGGCCGCCAUUAGUCGAUUAGAGGCCGCCAUUGGUCGACUAGAGGCCGCCAUUGGUUGACUAGAGGCCGCCACGGUCGACUAGAGGCCGCCAUGGUCGACUAGAGGCCACCAUUAUCGACUAGAGGCCGCCGUGGUCGACUAGAAGCCGCCAUGGUCAACUAGAGGCCGCCAUUAUCGACUAGAAGCCGCCAUGGUAGAUCGAGGCCGCCAUGGUCAACUAGAGGCCGCCAUUAUCGACUAGAGGCCGCCAUUGGUUCACUAGAGGCCGCCAUGGUCAACUACAGGCCGCCAUUGGUUGACUAGAGGCCGCCAUGGUCAACUACAGGCCGCCAUUGGUUGACUAGAGGCCGCCGUGGUUGACUAGAAGCCGCCAUGGUAGACCGAGGCCACCAUGGUCAACUAGAGGCCGCCAUUAUCGACUAGAAGCCGCCAUGGUCAACUAGAGGCUGCCAUAGUUGACUUUAGGCCGCCAUUGGUCGACCGAGGACGCCAUGGUCAACUAGAGGCCGCCAUGUUCCUUUCUUCAGAGACUCAGGAGCUUUCAGGCGGCAGUCGUAGUCCGAAAAGCCAACGCCGCCAACGUCUCGGCGUGACGAGUUACCAAAACGCCAAACGGGAGAUGAAGGCGUAGCCGUGUUUCCUGCAGGCGUGCUUCUUUUCUUCAGUGGGCGGGGCUUUUGUUUUGGCUCCGCCCACAAACAGGUUUUUAGAGGAAUUAUUUUUGUACUGCCUUCAUAUGAUUGUCGUUUUCCUGAUAAGCUAUCGCAAUAAAUAUGUAUAUUUGUGUGUGUACACAUGAGUACUGAGAGAUUAAUGUAUUUUACAAUAAAGGAUAAUCAGAGAAAACAAUAACAAUUUAAUUUUAAAUAAACUGCAUGUCACAGAAUGUCAUUUCAAGAUCAUGAAAUAAAACGUCCUGAAUUAA